AUGGCGACGCAGGCACUGCGCAACAAGGCAGCGGUUAUGUCAGUGUGUUUUGUGAAGGAAGCUAAACACAUGAUCUUUGAAGGUAACAUGUCUCCUUCAUUAAAGGGCGGUGGAGAAGUGUCCUGACAUUUUUGUUUGGCCAUAAUCAUUUGCUGUCCAAAUAUCCCCAUAACAUCCCUUGUUGUGAACAGACAAAAUUUUUCUUUCCCGGUGGGUCAAAAUAAUGAAAGAUCAAAAAGCAUCAAGCAUUCAUCUUUCCACCUCACUAAAGAAGCAGAUUAGUGCUUUUAGCAACCGAAAGUGACAUCAUACAUCAGUCAAGCAAGAGUAUACAAAAUUGUGAUGAGUGCUUACUCCCUCUCCCGCUCUCAUUUCUCCAUAUUUUUCUUCUUCGCCAAAUUUUCUUUUCUACAUUAAGCCCAAUGAAUUGUUUGGAGAGCUUCAUAUUUAAGUGAAGCAUUGUGCACCCUCUAUCCCAGGGCCUCCCGUCUCUUCUCUCCCGGUGGAAGUAGAGAAAAGAGACCCUGGGAACGAGGUUAUCAAUUGUGUUGGUAUAUUUCAAGGUUGCCUAAGUGAUGACGACGGUGUCACCUUGGUACCGUACUAUGGAAAUCAUCACCCCACUCAUGAUAGUCUGGCUUUGUACGUACCGAUGUUGGCGAACCCGAAGUCUGGACUGCGCAGAAUCGGAGCGGCAUACACGCGACAUGAGUUCCUGAGCUUCGCAGAGAGAUUUCAUACUCAAGUGCAGGUAUUACGAUUAUCGGAUCAGUAAGAGAUAAACUGCCCACCACUCCCCUCCCCUAACUUUUCAUUUCCGGGAAAAUGUCGGCGCUUUGCUCAGGCGUCAUGUAUUUGCUUCGAGAUUUGAUUGGCUCGUUUGAUUGUCUCACAAGCGCCCUGAUUGAGCAAUGUAAUUACGUUGGUUUCAAAUCAAAAUUGCUCUAAGGCGAAAUGUAUUGUGGGUCAAACUUUAAGAGUCAAUGAAUGAAAUCAUAUGGAACACUUUUAGAUGAAAAGUACUUUGUUUUCUAAGAAAUGUCACAAAACGAAUAUAGAGCUUGGUCUUGAAUUUGAAUGGGAAAACGAUUCUUUAAGCUGUCAAUAAUCUCGUUUUUUUAAAUCAUUUCUUUUUAGGUAAUUGAGAGGGAUUUUGUGCCUACAAUUCAUGGUGAAAUGGAAUUUGCCAUUCAUUUUGGGCGUCUAUACGUGUUGAACGUUCCAAAGUCCUUUACAGAGGACACCGAAGCGCCGAGCGUGCGUAUGUUUCAGACAAAUCUCACGCGAGGCUACAAACCACGCCCAAGUGUCUUGUCCGCCCCUCGAAACGUUAGAAAAUAUGGCAGAUCGCGCGUCAUCUGUACUGGGGGAAAAUUAAAAACUCGAUUACACAGGAUGCGAAAGGGAAUCGAAGUAACGAAGGACGGAAAGAAAAUUCCUAAAGAAAAAGCAUCCCGAAGUUCCUUCUUUACUGUCGUUUCAUCGCAAGAGAAAGUUGACCGUUUCUUGUCCCAGCGUGGCUUUUCAGUUCACGCGGAAUCUGCAGAGAAGUACUCGGUUGAAAUUCACACCGAUCACGAGUUUUUAGUGAUAACGGACAAAGCUUUUAACUUUCUCGAGAUUAGGUUGCCAAAGUUACGAUGGUGUGCGGUAGAUGUUAAGAGGGCAUGGAAGGAAAACCCUGAGGAACAUGACAUGACCGAUUUGGACGGAGUUGAGACUGAUGUGCGUUUUGUUCUGCAGGUACUGAAUAAAUGAACUGUAGUUUCCUUUUAUUGUUGUUGCCAUUUAAGAGUUUGUUUAAAAUGGGUACUACAAAUUACUGUAAAGUAUUCUUCCCAGUAACUGUCUAAAAAAACAUGUCAGUUAGACUGUGACAGCUGGUCUACGCACUCCCCCCCACUCUUUUUGAAAAAUAUAAUGGGUUUCUUUCACGUACCCUUCUAAUAAUUGAUACUCAUGUAUGGAUGGAGGCAUGGCCCCCAAUCUAAUGUCACCAUCCAAAGCUUAAAGACGCGAUCGUUUGAACUGCUGGAAUGAAGCAAGGCCUGAAUCAGAACCACACAAAUGGAGCAGCCAGCAUAACAAUCUUACCGAAUUAUUUACAGACAUUGGUUACUGGUACGGUGAGGGUCUGAACUCGCGGCCUUUCGCUCAGCAGACUGACACUCUCCCAACCAAGAUAACUGGGAGGCGGUUCAGUAGUUUUCAUUUGAAUCGUCACGCUUUAGCAUUUUGUCUGUAGACGCAAACUUAAAGUUAGAACCACCUUGUAGAGCAUAAUAAACAACAUCACAGAAAAGUAUUGCUCAAUAGCUUUCAUUUGAAUGGUCACACUUUAGGAUUUCAUCCACAGAUUUAAAAGUUUGAACCACUUUGUAGAGCAUAAUAAACAGGAUCACAGGAAAAUACUGCUCAGUAGCUUUCAUUUGAAUCAGGGUCACACUACAGGAUUUCAUCCACAAAGUCAAAGUUACAACUAUCUUGUGUAGCAUAACAAACUGUACUACAACAAAGUACUGCUCGGUAGCUUCCAUUUUUAAGGAUCUCAUUCACACACUCAAAAAUAGAACCACCAUGUACACCUGGUGUACAUCACAAUAAACAGUACCACAAAAGAGUACUUUCAUUUGACUAGUCACACUUAAGGAUUCCAACGACAGACUGAAAAGUAAGAAUCGGUUAGAACCUUAUAAACAGCACCGCAGAAAUUCAUUUCCGAGGUAACACCUUCGCAUUUCAUCCACAGAUUGACCAAAAAGUUAAAACCGCCUUAAUGAGCGUGUAGUCUCCGAAGUUCGACAUAAAGCCCCUGAACCUUCUUGUCCCCUUCUGCUGAUCUUUUUCAUGAUAGGCCGUUUUACUUUUACUGCAGACCCGUCGUUCUUUGCGCCCAGAUGACAUCCGGGGAUCUAAUUAUGAGCAGUACCGGGAUGUAUUGCAGCCUCAACCUCAUCGGCAAUCCACCCGGAGUCCAUUCGUAGUGAAACCGGAAAUUUGGAAGGAGGUAGCUAUGAUUCGCCACAAGAAAUCCCGGAUAUAUCGGGUCAAGGAUUCCACGUGCACUGUAAGCGAGUUUAGGAAAUCACUCAGUGUCAGUGUGAACGAGGUCACUGAGUAUUCUCGCCCCACUAAGCACGCCUCUGCCUUUAGCAAAGUGUUCACACGGUGUGAAGUUGCUGUCAAAGCCGGUUUACCUACUACUUGGAGCAACAAGGAGUCGCUGGAACAGUUGUUGAGGGACAUUUGGGCGUUCGGGUUUGCUUUCGCCUCUCACAUGUCCGAUUAG